AUGCUUGCACAACCCAUCAACAUCCAGAAAUGGAUCGAAGAAAACUCUCACUUGCUCCAGCCACCCGUGAACAACUUCUGUCUCCAUAGGGACGGUGCCACGGUUAUGAUCGUGGGAGGCCCCAACGAACGCACCGACUAUCACAUCAACCAGACCCCCGAAUAUUUCUACCAAUUGAAGGGGCAUAUGUGCUUGAAGGUCAUUGACGAGGGCCAGUUUAGAGACGUGGUCAUCAACGAAGGCGAUUCCUUCUUAUUGCCCGGCAACGUGCCUCAUAACCCGGUGAGGUUUGCCGACACUAUCGGCUUGGUUGUAGAGCAGGACCGGCCCGAGGGCAUGAACGACAAAAUCAGAUGGUACUGCCGUGCAUGCAAGGAAGUGGUGCAUGAAGUUGAAUUCUACUGCUCGGAUUUGGGCACCCAGGUGAAAGGUGCCAUUGUCGCUUUUGACGGUGACAUGGCGGCCCGCACAUGUGAGAAGUGUGGCACCUUGAACUACUCCAAGCCGCAGUAG